CAAAUAAUUGUCAAUUGAAUUGUCACCUGUCGACCUAAAGCCUAACCUAAAGGUUCACUUUUCGGACUAAUAAAAAUCGAUUUAUUCAAAUGUACGGCAAUGAAAUUAAUAGCUAGGACAAACGGUCGUUUGAUUUAGAAGAGUUUUGUUUAGAGUGUAUUGGCAGUGUUCGGUGUCAUGCUGCGGGCGGUGUCGCGCCUGUGCUGCGACGCUCAGGCGCUCGACGCGCUCGCUCGCCGGGAUGCCUACAAACUAUUCCGCUCCGCGGUGCACACUACGUCCACGGCGCACAACACACACAACGCCGCUGCUGAGCGUACAAGGAAAAGAAAAUACAAAACGACGGUGCUGACGACGGCGGCGGCGAGCGAGCCCCCCGCGGCGCCCGCAUGCCCCGCGCCGCCCCCGCCGCCGCCGCCGCCCCCGCCACCGCCGCGACGCUCGUGGGUCGCCCUAGCGGCCGCGGUGGCGCUUACCUCUUCACUUGGUGGGGUGUAUUACUUCAGUAAGAUAAAAGAUGACACAACAAAGAAGGAAGUCAAAACAGAGUCAAAGCCGAAAGACGAGGGGGAGGAGGAGGAGGGUCCGCUGUACCCGGCGAGCGGCGCCGAGCUGCCGGCGCACGUGGAGUUCCUGGUGGUGGGCGGCGGCACGGCGGCGUUCGCGGCGCUGCGCGCGCUGCGGGCGGCGCGGCCCGACGCGGCGCUGCUGCUGGCGGGCGCCGAGCGCGCGCCGCCCUACAUGCGGCCGCCGCUCAGCAAGGAGCUGUGGCGGCGGCCCGAGCUGGCCGCCGCCGCCGCCGACCCGCUGUCGCUCGCCUUCACGCAGUACAACGGCAAGCAGCGGCGGCUGGUGUACGAGCCGCUGUCCUUCUACACGCCGCUGGAGAGGCUGCGGGAGGGCGGCGCGGGGGCGGGGCUGGCGCGGGGCUGGCGGGUCACCCGCCUGGACCUGGCCGCGCGCAGCGCCCGCCUCGCCGCGCCCGGCCUCCAGCCCGCCACCGUCACCUUCGACAAGUGCCUCAUAGCUACUGGUUCGGCGGCGAAGCGGCUGCCCUCGCUGGCGCCGGCGGCGGCGGCGGGGCGCGCGCUGGCGCUGCACUCGGUGCGCGACGUUGCCAGGCUGGCGCGCGCGCUGGAGGAGCCGGGCGCGCGGCGCGUGGUGGUGGUGGGCGCCGGGCUGCUGGCCGCCGAGCUGGCGGCGUCGCUGGCCGAGCGCGCGCGCGGCUCCGAGCUGGAGGUGGUGCAGCUGUGCCGCGAGCGCGCGCCGCUCGAGGACCUGCUGCCGCCGUACCUCGCGGCCGACGCGGCGCGCCGCCUCAGAGCGCAGGGCGUCACGCUGCUGCCCGAACGUGAGAUAUCAUCGUGCUCGAUGAAGGAGGGGCGUGUGCACAUGCGGCUGCGGCCGGCGGCGGCGGGGGUAGAGGGGGAGGGGGUAGAGGGGGAGCUGGCGGCCGACGUGGUGGUGGAGUGCGUGGGCGCGGAGCCCGCCGUGGAGCUCGCGGAGCCCGCCGGACUGGAGCUACACCCGCUACUCGGCGGUAUCGUGGUGAACGCGGAGCUGCAGGCGCGCAGCAACGUGUGGGCGGCGGGCGACGUGGCGUGCUUCCACGACGUGACGCUCGGGCGGCGCCGCGUGACGCACCACGACCACGCCGUGCUGUCCGGGCGGCGCGCCGCGCAGAACAUGGCCGGCGACCGCCAGCCCGAGCCCUACACGCACCAGAGCAUGUUCUGGAGCGACCUGGGCCCGCAGCUGGGCUACGAGGCGAUCGGCAUCGUGGACUCACAGCUUCCGACAGUCGGCGUGUUUUCGUCCGACGCCGUGAGCGACGCGUCGGCGACGGUCACAGAGGCGGCGGCGGCGGCGGAUGGCGCGCUCGUCGUCGAGGCGGCGCCGGACAGCGCCGCGCCGACGGACAAGCGCUACGAGCGCGGCGUCGUGUUCUACAUGCGCGAGCGGCGCGUCGUCGGCGUGCUGCUCUGGAACCUCUUCAACCGCAUGCACGUCGCCCGCCAGGUGCUGGCGCAGGGCGAGUUCGAGGACCUGUUCGAGGUGGCCAAGCUGUUCGCGCCGCACGACGAGGACUAGCCGCCCCGCCCCGCCCGCCUCUCUGUACAUAUUACACUACUUCAAUAAACAUGCCACAACUGCCUC